AUGAAUAGAUGUGAAACAGUUUGUAUAAUUGGAAGUGGUCCAUCAGGUUUAACAUCAUGUAAAUCAGCAUUAGAAUGUGGUUUAGAACCAACUGUUUUUGAAAAAAAAGAAACAUUUGGUGGAGUUUGGUCACUUGAUGAAGCUAUACCUUGGGAUUCAAUGCAUACCAAUGUAUCUCAUUUUUCAAUGACAUUUUCAGAUUUCCAACAUCCAGAAGAUCAAGAUCUAUUUUUAUCACCAAAAAAAGUUCAUCAAUACCUAUCAAAUUAUGCAAAUCAUUUUGGACUUUUAAAUUGUAUCAAAUUUGGUAGUACUGUUGAAAAAGUAAAACAACUCGAAAAUAAUAAAUGGUUAGUCCAAUGGACAGAUUCCUCAAGUAAAAAAAGUGAAUCAAAAAUUUUUGAUUUCUUAAUUGUUGGUAAUGGAAUGAAUAAUAAACCAAGACAAUUUCCAAUGGAACCAUUAAAAAAUUUUACUGGUGGAUAUAGAUAUUCAAAUCAAUAUAAAUCACCAAAUGAAUAUAUUGGUAAAAGAGUUUUAGUUGUUGGUAAAUCAUGUACUGGUUUACAAAUUGCUUCAGAACUUUGUAAUUCAGGUUGUCAAAGUGUUUAUCUCUAUGGUGAAGGAAAAUUAAAUGAAUGGGCAAUACCUUCAAAUAGUAAAAGAAUUAAAAAUAUAUUAAAAGGAAAUGGUAAUGAAAUCGAUGAAAAUGAUAAUGGUGUUCCAGUGGACCUAAUCAUCUGUUUAAGAGCCAAUUCUUAUAAAAUGAAAGAUUUACCUGAAAAUGAAUAUAACCUUGCAAUGAAUAAAUUCUUACAACAAUUAUCUGGUAAUAAUUGUAAUGAACCAAGUUAUCAAAAUGAUGAAACUAAUUUUGAUAAACCAUUUCAAAUUUUAUUUACUUGUAUCGAUUCCUAUAUUGAUAAUAUUAAACAAGGUAAAAUUCAAUGUUUAUCAAAUCAUCUAUUAAAUAAUUCAAAUGAUAAAUCAUUGGAAUUCUUAAAUCAAUUGGAUCAAUCAAUAAUUAAUAUUGAAUUUGAUGAAAUUAUCUUUGCAACUGGUUAUCAUUUAAAUUUUUCAUUUUUUGAAAAAGAAAUUUUAGAAAAAUUAUCAUUUAAUCCAAAUGAUAAUUAUGUACCAUGUUUAUUAUAUAAUUUUACUUUUCCUCAUAAAGUUAAAAAUUUAGGUUUAGUUGGAAUUUUUGGUACUCCAUUUUAUUCAUUAUUGGAACUUCAAUCUAGAUGGAUUAACUAUGUAUUUUCUGGAUUAAUAGAUUUACCUUCAGAAAAAGAAAUGGGACAAGAUAUAAUUAAAAUUAAUGAAAUUAGAAAUGCAAAAAUGAAGACAUUAUUCCCAUUUGGUGAUUAUGUUUUAUUUUCUGAUCAAUUAGCAAAACAAAUUAAUUGUUUACCAGAUUUUGAUGAAAUGAAAUUAAAUAACCCAGAACUUUAUGAUAUGUGUUUAAACUAUGUUUCUUGCUCCUCUGUAUUUAGAUUAACAGGUCCAUUCUCAAAUGAAAAACAAGCUUUAAAUACAAUUAAACAUUUCAGUGAAUGUUGUAAAAAAAUUAAUAACUAA